CCGUUGUAACUUUGAUGAAAGCCUCCUCAGUCAGCUGAGAAACCGCGACGCAUCCUCUGUCCCCACGACCUGACGACACCUCGUCGGGUUCCCAGCUCUCCCGCCUAUUUAGUGGCGAGCUGGCAACGAGCGCUGGGCCUAGUCGCACUUGCAAUUGCAAGCCGCGAUCGCCGGCCAGCUGCACGCACCUAGUGCUACAUCAGUAGUCAGUACACGCGCGACGCCAUGUUGAUGGCGCCUGACCGGGCAAGGUCGUCGUUGGCGACAGUGCUGCUGCUGCUCGUGGCCGCGGCGGUCGUCGUAGGCGCGGCGGCGGCGGCGGCGGCGGGGAAGAAGAAGCCGGUGGUGCCGGCGGUGAUCGUGUUCGGGGACUCGACGGUGGACACGGGCAACAACAACGUGAUCGGCACGGUGCUGAAGAGCAACUUCCCGCCCUACGGGCGCGACCUGCAGGGCGGCGCCACGGGCCGGUUCUGCAACGGGCGGCUGCCGCCCGACUUCGUCUCCGAGGCGCUCGGCCUGCCGCCGCUCGUGCCGGCGUACCUCGACCCGGCCUACGGCAUCGAGGACUUCGCCACCGGCGUCGUCUUCGCCUCCGCCGGCUCCGGCCUCGACAACGCCACCGCCAGCGUCCUGGGAGUGAUACCGAUGUGGAAGGAGGUGCAGUACUUCAAGGAGUACAAGCAGCGGCUGGCGAAGCACGCCGGGCGCGCCCGGGCCAGGCACAUCGUGGCCAACGCGGUGUACGUCGUCAGCGUGGGCACCAACGACUUCCUGGAGAACUACUACCUGCUGGUGACCGGGCGGUUCCUGCAGUUCACGGUGGCCGAGUACCAGGACUUCCUGGUGGCGCGCGCCGCGGAGUUCCUCACGGCCAUCUACCGCCUUGGCGCGCGCCGGGUCACCUUCGCGGGGCUCUCCGCCAUCGGCUGCGUGCCGCUGGAGCGCACGCUCAACCUGCUCGGCGGCGGCGGCUGCAACGAGGAGUACAACCAGGUGGCCCGGGACUACAACGUCAAGGUCAAGGCCAUGAUCGCCAGGCUCCGGGCGGAGCUCCGCGGGUUCAGGCUCGCCUACAUCAACGUCUACGACGACAUGGUCGACCUCAUCCAGCACCCCGAGAAGCUCGGGCUGGAGAACGUCUCCGAGGGGUGCUGCGCCACGGGGAAGGUGGAGAUGGGGUUCAUGUGCAACGACAAGUCCCCGCUGACCUGCGACGACGCUGACAAGUACUUCUUCUGGGACUCGUUCCACCCCACCGAGAAGAUCAACCGCUUCUUUGCCAAAGGGACGACGGCGGCGAGCUUGAGCUUGCUGACGUAGGGAUCAGCUCCCGUAUACUGAGCGAAUAUGAAAAGGGAAUGUGAGCUGUACUGUGAUCAGAGUGUCGUUUAACUGGUGUAGAUACAUAGCAUGCAUUUGUUGGGCGUGGGCGAUUCGAUGUAAACACUGUCUCACAUGAAAUCCGUCUACUCUUUGGGUUUCAGUGAGAAAGAUUAAAUUUACAGACUUGCAGUGCAUUGUUUGGGUCUUUGAAUGUGAAACUAAUGCCAUUCAGAGUA